GGUUUCGUUGCGUCAUCGUAGUAGUACCGCUUCCGGUAUGGUGUGUUUCCAAAAUAACUCGUGAUUCGGACAGCACAGGUCAACAAGACGAGCGAUUCAAACCAUCUCCCCAACGGAUUAGGACGCCACCCCAGCUGUUCUAAAGAUGGAGCCUCUUUAGACCUCCUUGUGGAUCAUCAUGUGGAGGCUCCAAGGCUUCUUUAGUAGAGUACUCCACAGGUGCCAUGGCAACGCCCCCUUACGGCUGUCCCAGAACCACUGUGUGGAGGACGAGGUCGUCAAUGGCUCCAAUCUCCUCUCCAACUCUCUGAACACAACUGACAGCAGCUCCCAGAGAGAAAAAGAUGGAGGGAAGGGGAGGAAACAGAAGACCUCACGCUUCUGCCACACUGAGCUCCCUCGCUACACGGCUCUGGAUGCCGUGGGAUGGGGGGCCGCGGCUGCCCUGCUGAUGCAGAUCUGCAGGCGGCUCCACUCCCAGUGGUCCUCGGGGCCCGAGGCCGGCCCCGGCCCAGCCACCGGGCCAGGAGCCUGGGCUUCUCCCGAGGCGCUGCACAAGUGUGGCUACCGAGUCCUGCUGGAGAUCUUGUCCAAACCAGACGCCUUUCCCAGAGCGGGGGGGGGUCUGUGUAUGCACAUUUUGCCAGAGGGACAAGGCCAGGCUCAGCCUCAGCUCCACAACUUCAACAGUAGCAGCAGAAGCAGCAGCAGAAGCAGUAGAAGCAGCGAAGACCUGGUGCACUUUUCCAUCGACAGUCUUCGAUCUGACCACCAGAGGGCGGACUUGGGUCACGAUGGUUCUAGACAAGAACCUCAAUCCCCAUCUUCAUCCGCGCACCUUGAGCAAGAUCUCCCGGUGUUUAACGGCACCCAGACGCCUGGAGACGACGGCCCGGAGGUGUUGAGUGGGGGGGAGGGGCUGAUGGAGGCCGCCUCCACCCUGGGCCACGUGGGACACUCCAGCGUACCGGUGGUCCUGAACAUCAUCGGCCUGGACAGCGCCCAGACCCAGCGCCACCAGCAGGCCUUCCCCUGCUUCGCGGCGGCGGCGCGGCGCGGCUACAGCCAGGCCCAGUACAACGCGGCCGUGUGCUGGGAGACGGGGCGCGGCGUGGCCCAGGACACGGAGCAGGCUCUGCAUUACUACUGGCUGGCGGCGGCGGGAGGCCACGCCCAGGCCCAGUACCGCUACGCCAAGCUGCUGCUGACCAGCAGGAGGCAGCCUGACCCUCAUGAGUGGAGCGCCGCCGUGCGUCUGUUGGAGCUGUCUGCGGCCUCCGGGCUCACUGAGGCCCAGGUCUUCCUCGGGUCUGUGUUCUCCCAGGAGGCGGUGGUCGACGGGCGCAAGGCCGUGCAUUACCUGAAGAUGGCGGCAAAGAGCGGCGACGGCAGGGCCUUGCUCCAUUUGGGCCGCUGCUACGACCGCGGCUUCGGGGUGCGGCAGAGCUCAGCGCUGGCGACGGGCUUCUAUGAGCGGGCGGCCCGGGCAGGAAACAGCCAGGCUCAGGGCCUACUGAGGCUCCGUCGAGAGGACGAGGCUGCGUUGCGCUCCAUCCGCUCAUCCCCCUGUUUCUUCGGUGUGUCUCGCCUCCACCUCCACCACCACCAGCAGCAGCAGCAGCAGCAGCAGCCGCUGGUCACUCCCCGCAUCACCUCCACCAUCGCCGCCCACCCCCACCUCGCCGCCGGCCUGACCCACUCAUGGAGCACGGGGAGCCUGGCCUCCACCACCUCGCAGCCCCUCCACCUGCACCUCCUCCCUCAGGGUGGAGGAGGCCCCAGUCGCUGGACCCUGGGCGUGUAGAGCCACGCAGACGCUAGAGCAACAUAUGGAAAACCAAAAAAGGAGAAUGUAUUGUGAUUUUAUACGAGUGUGUGGAUCUACAACCGGACAGUGAGGCGAAGACUGUUACAUAGGUCACCUCCUGCCAUUAGCCGUACGUGUGUGUGUGUGUGUGUGUGUGUGUGUGUGUGUUUUUUAUCUGUAAAAAGGAGUGUGGGUGUGUGAUUGAGUGAGAGAGAGAGAGAGGAUCCUCUAUACUACUACUUGCCUACUGAUCAUGUGCUCUCACUAAGUGGGAUGUAGGAGCUGGUAUACGCUACAACAUAAAAUGAGCCAUUUUGGCUGAAAUCUGUCAUAGAAAUAUACCAAGUAUGUUCUGUCCGCAGGCACCGUUGCAAAACGCACAAUACAAAAAUAAAUGUUGUCCCAAGUAGGUCUACCAUUUAUUUGUCAGCAAUAAACACGAAGCAUAUAACGUUAA